CAAUCAGAACUCGGCCUCAAGCCCAGCCAAUCGGGCCGGGCCAGUUGGGGUUUAGCCAAUCCGGCCGGAAGAGGAAGACCGGAGACAGUGUUUAAGCCUCUCGCUUCCAGCUUUGGGUGGCGCUGCGUGGGGUCCCCGGGUCCCGGCCGUGGUCCUUGCUCUCUCGCUCGUUCUCCGGGAAGCCCCGGGUGCACCGUCCCAGAGGCCAUGGGGCGGCAGUGGGGGCCCGCCAUGAGGGCAGCCGAGCAGGCGGGCUGUGUGGUGAGCGCCUCCCGGGCCGGGCGGCCCAAGGCUGGCUCGUGGAGCUGCAGCGGGGUGAUCCUGAGCCGCCGCCCGGGCCUGGUGCUGUGCCAUGGGGGCAUCUUCACUCCCUUCCUGCGAGCCGGCAGCGGGGCACUGACCGCUACCGGCGCCUCCUUCCUGUCCGGCGACAGUUGCGGUGACGACCUGCGUCUGAACGUGCAGUGGGGCCCAACGGCUGCGAACACCGAAAGCCGCGCGGAGCAGAGCCGCCCUGGGCUGUGCACGCCCCAGUGCGCCGGCCCGGAGCCUGGCCGGUACGCCCCACCUCGCGGGAGGCCGAUGCAGCCUCCGCGUUCCGCCGAGCUGCUGCUGCUGCUGAGCUGCCCGGCCUUUCGGGCCCACUUUGCGCGCCUCUUUGGCGGCGAGGCGGCCGAGCAGUGGCGCUUCGCGAGCGUGGCGCCGGACGACGAGGUGUCGGAGGAGGAGGAGGAGGAGGACCAGCUGAGAGCUCUGGGCUGGUUCGCGCUGCUGCGCGUGCGGCCCAGCCCGGAGGAGGAGGAGGUGGAAGAACGCGGGCCUGUAGUGGCCGUGACGCCGCUCGGGGCCCUGCCUAAGGGUGCGCCUCUGCUGGCCUGCGGCUCCCCGUUCGGGGCCUUCUGCCCGGACAUCUUUCUCAACACGCUCAGUCGCGGCGUGCUCAGCAACUCUGCAGGCCCGCUGCUCCUCACCGACGCGCGCUGCUUGCCGGGCACCGAGGGCGGCGGCGUGUUUGCGGCACGGCCCGCAGGGGUGUUGGUGGCGCUGGUGGCGGCGCCCCUCUGCUGGAAGGCCCGCGAGUGGGUGGGCCUUACGCUGCUCUGCGCCGCCGCCCCUGUCCUCUGCGCUGCUCGAGCGGCUCUUUGCCACCUGCACCCAGGGGCCGCUGCUCUGGCCGACCUCCUACCGCACGAGAUGGGGGCCCCAUGGGGCCUGCCCCUUCGAGACCCCGGGCCCCCGUGGGCAGCUGCGGCCGUGCUUGUGGAGUGCGGUACCGUCUGGGGUUCCGGGGUGGCCGUGGCGCCCCGCGUCGUGGUGACAUGCCGGCAUGUGGCCCCUCGGGAGGCGGCCAAGGUCCUUGUACGCUCCACCACCCCCAAGAGUGCCAUAAUCUGGGGACAUGUGGUAUUUGCCACCCAGGAGACAUCUCCCUAUGACAUAGCGUUGUUGAGCCUGGAGGAGGACCUAGAUGGUGUCCCUAUACCUGUGCCAGCUGAGCAUUUCCAUGAAGGUGAGGCAGUCAGUGUGGUGGGCUUCGGCGUCUUCGGCCAGGCUUGUGGGCCCUCAGUGACCUCGGGCAUCCUGUCAGCUGUGGUGCAGGUAGAUGACACACCAGUGAUGCUGCAGACCACGUGUGCUGUGCAUGGCGGCUCCAGCGGGGGACCCCUCUUCUCUACCUGCUCCGGGGACCUCCUGGGCAUCGUUGCCAGCAACACCCGGGACAAUAACACAGGGGCCACCUACCCCCACCUGAACUUCAGCAUCCCCAUUACCGUGCUCCAGCCAGCCCUGCAGCGGUACAGUCGGACCGGGGACCUGGGUGGCCUCCGCCAGCUGGACCACGCUGCUGAGCCAGUGAGGGUGGUGUGGCGGCUGCAGCGGCCCCUGGCAGAGGCCCCACGGAGCAAACUCUGAAGCUGUGUCACCCCUCUGGAGACAAGAGCAACCAUUUUAUGCCAUGGGUGCUGAUGCUGGCGGCCUCAGGACCCGGACGUGGCUCGCCCCAGCCAGACCGCCUCCCCAUCAUACCCACCUUGUUUAGCUCUGGAGUCUGGGUCAAAUUUUUCUUUAGUCCCCAGGGGUCUCCAACUUGGCAGCCCAUUUUGGGGUGCUUUCUUGAGCCCCCAUGUUUCUCUGCCCCCGACACUAGACUCAGCUCUGUUUUUUUCCCUACUGUGGAGCCCAGUACAACUGUACAACAGCCCUGGUCCUGACAGACAGAUGCUAGCUGGAAGCCCUGGUUUCGAGUCUGUUCCCUGUCUCCUGAUGGCCACUGGCUGCCUGGAACAGCUGCUUCCCUGAGGCCUUGGCUCCUCUCUACUCUUGGGAAGAAUUGGGCUGACGGAGCGCUGGGGCUUCCUCAGAAAACCUCGGCAGAUAGGCCCCACUCUGAAGAUCAGAGGUAAAGGAAAGAGCGCCUUCCUGUUCUGCUAGACCAGCGGGGAGGUGGAGUCCUUGAAAGCCAGGACUCUGGGGUCUUCAUAUGUCAGGUGUCCUGACCUACAGGGGCACUGUGACAGGGUGCCUUAAUUUUCCAGCCCAUAAAAUGGGCCUCAGGGAUCUUGGCGGGAGUGGGUAGAAUGUGUCUGGUUGGGGUUUGGGAAUAAAUAGGACCUACAGGAGACAGGA